AUGGCGAUAUUAUGGCCUACGCCUUUAUCGGCGGAGCAGUUUAGGCAGGCCGUAAUAAACGGCGGUAACGUGUUCGGGUUCGAAGAUCGUAACGAAAAUUUUGUUUUAUUUUUCGGUAUGGUUAUAUAUAAAGAUGUAAAGUUUAUAAAGCUAAUUAACGCCAAAAUAACUACCUGGGUGGAUAAUAUUAAAAGGUUUUCGGUCGAGAAUGGAGCCGACGAUAAAUAUCUUUUUUUUAAUUACGCCGACCUUUGGGUAGCUAUAAAGAAAAAAAUUUUACGUUUAUAG